AGUGUUGUCGUUGCUCUGAUGCUGCACCAAACGCGUCCCAAAAGUGUGCACGUUCUACGGCGCUCCGCUUCGUGUAUUUGUGUAAUCCAACGAGAUUAGACAGUGUGUGGCGAUAAGACCGGUCAGUCAGUUAGAGUCUAAAAAAACAAAAACACACAUUAGCAAGAAAGCAUUAGAAAGAAUGAUGGUGUACUGGAGCAUCUCACGUUACCUGCUUGUUGUGCUGUGUUACUUUCUUUCAUCUUCCAAUGUAACGAUGGGGCAGGAUGAUGGUUCUACGGUCACCGCACCAGAACCCGUGUGCCCGAACAUGGUGAAGCGGACCCAGUGGGGAGCGAACAAAUCGAGCAACGUCACGUACCAGCUGAAACCGGUUGCGAACGUCAUCGUGCACCACACGACGGGCGAACGUUGCACCAGCGUAACGACCUGUAAAGAGAUGGUGCGGAAUAUACAAACCUUCCACCAGACACAGAACCGCUGGAGUGACAUCGGUUACAACUUUCUGAUCGGCACCGGUAACAUAUACGAGGGUAUUGGUUGGCAUCGGACCGGUGCGCACCUGCGGGGAUACAACGACAAAUCGAUCGGUGUGGCCUUCCUCGGGAACUUCGACCAGGACCGACCGACGGCCCGUAGCCUCGACUUGCUCGCCCGGCUGCUGCAGUGUGGCGUCGAGACGGGUGAACUUGCUGACGACUAUCGACUGUACGGUGCGCGCCAGCUCCAGGCCACCAACAGCCCGGGAAAACUGUUGUACGCCAAGCUGCAAACGUUUGACCACUGGCAGGAGGACGUAUAGCAGGCAGUAGGCGUUAAGCAUGGCAAUACGCUCCAAACGGCAAAUAUGCAAACUUUCAAAUAAAUCCCCUAAAAUCUUGUUCCCAAUAACAAAA